CGUCGUCUGGCCGGGCCAGUGUGAGGAGUCUCACGUAGAGCAGGCACAAGGGGGGGAGCCGGAGAAGGAGCCACGGGAGGGGGCAGGAGGCUAUAAAGUACGGGCCCGGAGCCUGCGGCUGACACUCUGGCGGAACCGGCCACUGCAUAGCGGCGGAGCUGACGGGCAGAGUUGUACAGUGAAUACAAUGAAGAUACUCAAGGUUUUACCACUGUUGGUGCUGUUUUCUUCAUGCCAAGCACGUACAGACUUCUUUACUUCCAUUGGUCACAUGACAGACUUACUGUACACUGAAAAGGAUCUGUUAACAUCACUAAAAGAUUACAUAAAAGCUGAAGAGUUGAAGUUGGAACAGAUUAAAAAAUGGGCAGAGAAACUUGAUUCAUUGUCAGAAACUGCUAGGAUAGACCCAGAGGGAUUCCUGGGUCACCCAGUCAACGCUUUCAAAUUCAUGAAGAGACUCAAUACUGAGUGGCAAGACCUGGAGAAUCUUGUGCUCAAGGAUAUGUCAGAUGGAUUCAUCUCCAAUUUGACAAUCCAGCGUCAGUACUUUCCCAAUGAUGAGGAUCAGACUGGAGCAGCCAGGGCUUUGAUUCGUCUACAGGACACAUAUAACCUGGACACAGAAACCAUUUCCAGAGGAAACUUACCAGGGGUCCACAACAAGGCCACUCUGACCGCUGAAGACUGCUUUGAAUUGGGAAAAAUUGCAUAUACAGAAGCUGACUAUUACCACACAGAGCUAUGGAUGGAGCAAGCUCUCCGUCAAUUGGAUACGGGGGAGGUAUCCUCUCUUGAUAAGGCUUUGGUUCUGGAUUACCUCAGCUAUGCCGUAUACCAACAAGGAGACUUAGAAAAGGCCUUGAUGUUAACCAAAAGGUUGCUGGAGCUAGAUCCUGAACAUCAAAGAGGAAAUGGUAAUCUGAAAUAUUUUGAAUAUAUCAUGACCAAAGAGGCAAACAAAUCCAGCUCAUCUGAUUCUGAUUCUGAAGCUGUCCAGCCAAAAACAAAGAAGGGGCGCCCCAAGGAUCAUUUACCAGAAAGACAAAAGUAUGAGAUGUUGUGCCGUGGAGAAGGUGUUAAAAUGACUCCUCGCAGACAGAAGAAACUGUUCUGCCGCUACCAUGAUGGAAACAAGAGCCCUACCUUCAUCCUGUCUCCUACGAAGCAAGAAGAUGAAUGGGACAAACCUCACAUUGUGAGAUACCAUGAUAUCAUUUCUGAUGAUGAGAUUGAAAAAGUUAAACAGCUUGCAAAGCCCAGGUUGAGACGAGCCACCAUUUCCAACCCUAUCACAGGAGUCCUGGAGACUGCUCACUACAGAAUUAGUAAAAGUGCUUGGCUGUCUAGCUACGAGGACCCGGUCAUUGCUCGAAUUAAUGCAAGAAUACAAGAAUUAACAGGGCUAGAUGUGUCCACUGCUGAAGAACUGCAGGUGGCAAAUUAUGGCAUGGGAGGACAAUAUGAACCCCACUAUGACUUUGCACGGAAAGAUGAACCGGAUGCUUUUAAAGAGCUUGGUACAGGCAACAGAAUUGCCACUUGGUUGUUUUAUAUGAGUGAUGUGCCAGCAGGUGGCGCUACAGUCUUUCCAGAAGUAGGAGCUGCUGUAUACCCUAAAAAGGGAACAGCAGUUUUUUGGUAUAAUCUCUUUGAAAGUGGAGAAGGAGAUUACAGUACAAGGCACGCAGCAUGUCCUGUUUUAGUUGGCAGCAAAUGGGUGUCAAAUAAAUGGAUCCAUGAACGGGGUCAGGAAUUCCGAAGGCCGUGUAAAUUGUCUGAAUUGGAAUGAUCAAAGUCUUUAUGUGAAAAAGGGACACCUCACAGCCACAAAGCUUUUCAGACUGUGCAUUGCCCAGUUUGCUAGCAAUGAACUAUAAAGCCGUAGUCACAGAAAUCUCUGGGAAAGAAUCAUUUGUGGAGGACUCUAUUCAUUCUUCAUAUUCAUCUUUUAAGGUGGCAAAUCUGCACAAAUUGCUGGUAUGCAUUGAUUAAAACUGGAGCCACACAACACAAAUCCGGCAUAGAGGGCCAGUGUUAACCUCGCCGUUUUGCUUUGGGGAUCCAAGUAGAAAAAAAAAAAUCAUACUGAAAUAUAUGUAUGUUUAUUGACCACCUGUUUGGUGCAAGGCUUUCGGUUCUCGCUUUUAUUUUAGAAAUUACUGCAUAAAAUCUUCUUUAAAAUAUUUGAUUUUUGUUCAUAAAUGUGACAGUUAAGGGGGUUUUCCCAUAAUCAUUUAUCCCUAGGGUAGGCAAUAAAUGUAUAGGUACUGUGGGUCCAAAUGCUGGAGCCCCCACCCAUCAGGAGAACAGAGGUCCCAGAAUCUUCUGUGUGAACAGCGCAUUAGUCCAUAAGAGUGACCACCACUCUGUUUGCUGUGUCUAGGACUUACGGAGAUAGGUCAGUGCUGUACUUGGCUAUCUCCAUCUGUCCCAUAGAUUGAAAGAUACCCUACUGCUCUGUUCACGGAAAGGAACUCAGGGGUCCCAGUGGCUGGACCCUCACUGAUAAUACAUCUUCUGGAUGGGAUAGAAAUGUUUAUAGGAAAACUCCUCCUGUAUAUGUAGACUUACCUCACAUGCCCAAAUUCAGGGAAAACCGUAAUUAUUUUUAUCUCCUAAUAUCAUGAUGACUGCAUAGCCUGAAAUCAAGUAAUAUUGAGAAGUUUAAUUUGGAAAGAGUGCACACAAAAAGGAAAGGCCCAAUAACAUUUCAGUCGAAUUGAAAAUGAUUUGUUUUUCCCUGAAAACUUCCAAGUAAAUGUUAAAUGCCCCAUGGCUUGGCCAUAUCCAACAUUCAAGGUGAAACCAACUGGUCGUGCACAAUUUAACCCCAGGUCCGCAUUAUUGCUGUGUUUGUGUGGGUAUGCAGGUGGUGAACUUAUAUUGGGACAGAAGUGAUGAAAGUAGAGAACUUCUUUAAUGUUAUUUUUUUUGCCUUAUUAACACAUAGUUGGGCCCAGAUGUUAGUUUGUGCAGCUAAGGCUCUGUUUACAUCUGUGUUGUGACUUUUCUUUAUAACAGGAGCCACAGGGCAGUUGCUCCACAGACCCAAUUGAUGAUAUAUAGUAGGGUCUGUCAGGUUCAGCCUAGGUGUCCAUUGUUUUCAUGGGAAUAAGGGCAGGUUCAAACUAGCGUGUCCACCGUAGGAAAUGUGCUCCAAGUGGGAGCUUGAUUUCCCAGACUGGACAGUUCUCGUGUGACAGGAUUGCACAGCAUUAUAAUACUUUGUUUCUGCCGAACCUCAACUGUAAUGAUUAGUACUCACAUAAUGCCGUCAUUACCGCAAAGGUUGAGCAGAGACACACAGCAUUAUAAAGGUAAACGACUCCCCCACAUGGAGCAUGCUUCACGCAAUGGACACACGCAUCUGAAAUUAGCCUAAUGCUGCUGCAUACACCAGUGUUGUUCCCCAAAAAACACCAGUAUCUGCAAUAGAGGCUCGUAAUGGAUCUUAACAGAUGUGAGCAGAGCCUUGAAGGGGUUUGUGUGUUUUUGUUUUUAUACUUCUGCCCCUAGGCAUCAGGUACUGUGGAGAAAUCCAUACUCUUCUGGUUCCUGCCAUUUAGUUCUUGCUCAGCAGUGACGUGUCCCUGAGCUGCGACAUGCCGCUUGGCAGCAAGUCACUGCUAAGGCCAGUCCAUGACUGCAACAGUGCAUCUGACCCUGUCCGUGUAGAAAGUAUCAGACAAGGAGCUGAAAUCCAGUGAAGGCAGCUGGGGAGCAGGUGAGUAUGUAUCUCUCCAUAUGUCCUGCUGGCUUAGGAGGCAGAUUUAAAAUAAAUCCCUGGACAACCCCUUUAAAUCUGGACUGGAUGCUUUGUGUGAACCCAGCUUUAAAGAUGUGAGCAUUGUGUUGGCACAGGCAUGUAAUUCAUGAUACUUGUGGAUUAUUUCUCAUCUGGAUAGCUAGAUAAUGUUCAAUAUCUUACAUAAUGAAUAUUUUCUUGAUGUAACUGUUCCUUCUCAUAAUGGUUGGUUUACUGGAAGCGUUAUAGUUCCUCUUGCAGCAGGAGAACAAAAGCUAGUAAAUGUGAAUUGUGCAUUCCAUUAUGGUGCUGCUUAACGUUUAGGUGCCAAAGGUAGUCCGUUCUCAUUUUAUGUACCCUAGUCUAAUACCCCUAUUUUGAAGAAGUUGAAUGGCAUAAUACAGCUGACCUAUCAGGACUGGCAGUGGCCAAAACUGCAGAAAUAAGAUUUUUUUUUUUUUUACAAUGCCUCUGAUCUGCUAAAGUGCCCCCUCUCAGCUGGCAUUGCUGUGUGAAUGUUUCAUGAAAUGCACACAUUACUGUGGUUACUGGCUUUUGUUCUGUGACAAGUCCGUGCCUUAGCUUUCCAUAUACCAGCCCAAGGACCAGUGCUAAUAUUGUGCCAACAGGACAAGUUUAACCGUUUUCUCCAAUGCCAGUUUACCUCCCAUGUGGUUUUUUCUUUGGUGAUGCAGUAAUGUUCUGGUAAUUUUUUUUGUAUGUCAAAAUCUAUUUUUGUGGCAAACUUGAUCUAUUUAUAACCCUUUUUAAAUGAUCUUUUUGUACAUGUCCGUGGGGUCCAGGAAUGUGAAGUAUCUGUAGUAAGAUAGCUCGAUGCAUGAACAGGUUUGAUAAAUGCUUCACUCUGUUCUAACAG